AUGGCCGCCUCCCAGCUGGGGCUCACCCUCUCCCACCUCCUCGACCGUCCCGCUUGGGACCUCCCUGAACGCGACGGCCCCCAUUCCGAAGACCCGUUCCAUGUCGCGGACAAGCUCACGGACCUGGACUCCUCCCUUGCUCUUCUGCAGAGAUAUCGCAACAGUCUGCGCCCAAUCCACCGUAUCGCGUCAGACAUCCUCCUCCUCAUCUUCUUGGAAAUACAGGAUGAUGAUGACAGCCCCCUCCACUCUACCUUUGGGUGUAACAACUGGGUGCGCCUUGCUCAUGUCUGCCAUCGCUGGCGGUCCAUCGCGUUUGCCUGUCCCUUGUUGUGGACGCGCAUCAGCACGCGCUAUCCCGAGGCGGUACUGGCAUGCUUGUCAAAUUCAGCAGAUGCGCCUUUAUCGCUCUUCGUCUCAGUCGGCGUGAGCACCGAGACCAUGGCCUACGUAAUUGGCGCAACAAUGCCGCAUGCGGGACGAAUACGCCAUCUCUACUUGCCAUCGACAUUCGAAAAUACAGACCUGCGCCAGACGCUGGCGCCCAUUCUGCAAUCUCCCAUGCCCACUCUCGAAACUCUGCAUGUAUAUAAAGUCGCUAUGGACAGCGAUUGCUUCCCGCUACCUAGGUUGUUUGCUGGUCAAGCGACUCAAUUAACGACACUCAAGCUGUGCUACACCUUCCCUGAAUCCGACAGCGUCUCUUUCGCGAACGUUAGGCGAUUGCUUAUUAGGGGCAAGAAGAGGAAGCCUAUAACUAUCGAGCUCCCGCGUCUGUUCGAGAUCCUGGAGGCAUGUCCUAACCUCGAGGAGCUGAGAACCGUCAAGGCGAGUUUCACGGAAUCUGAGGACGACGAACGACCACUUCGCCGCCUACGGCUUGAGCAUCUGCGCGUCCUUGACCUUACUCGUUGCUCCCCACACGUCGUCGCAGACAUCUUCCGCCAUCUCAUCAUUCCUGAAUGCGCCAUCCGCUUCUACACAUGGCUUGAGAGAGCAGCAGAUUUCACCUUCCGCUUUGGAAUACCUGAACUGCUCGACGAGUCGUCUCAUCUCCGUGAAAUCACGAAGCUACACGUGGAAUAUACAAGUGCUAGUGACCUCAUUACCAUCCAAGGGAUGACUCGUACCGCCCCUUUCCAUAUUGUCGCCUCGAUUCCGAGCGGAAGUGACAUGGGUGAGAUGUCAACGAUUGCAGGGCACCUCUUAUUGUCCAUCGUCCGAACGCUAGACCUCUCCUGUCUCGAGGAAUUCAUAAUCGCGGAAUCGUACUACCAUCGCGUCCAUCUUGGGUUUACGAGGAGGGGAUGGGCGGAAGUGUUUGAGCGAAUGCCGCAGCUGAAGACGCUGCAUAUCCGAAUAGACAGCAUGAAUGAUGCAGGGUUCUCCAGGUCGAUCCUUUCGGCCUUGUCCACGGUCAAGGAGAUCACUGGAAACCUUCACUGCCCCUUGCUGGAAACAAUUACUAUGGUCAAUGACAAGACGUGGUCCUCGCUCCAGUGCUACCUCUUGGCAGUGGAACGAGCCAAGCGAGGCCACCCGUUAAAAAAGGUGUCUAUGCGCCUUCCGUACUAUGAAAAUUUCGAGGAUAUCGUGGACACAGACCUGCCCGCAAUGCGACAGGUCAUUGAAUCAGUGGAUCUGGACCCACCAUCUAUAGACAGACCAGCUUUCCCAGACUUGACAUGGUAA